AUGGCCUCAACCUCAUCCAGCAUCGUUUUCGACGAUAUUUUUACGACCAAUGCCAUCGACAAGGAUGGCAAAAAAUUUGAUCGAGUAUCUCGGUUAUACGCUCGUUCAAAAAACUAUGAUAUGGACUUGACGCUCGACUACAACAUAGAGCUCUUCCCUUUAGUGAAUGGGGACAGUUUUGCGAUGGCCCUUGCUUCGUCGCUAUCACGAGAUGGCGGCGCACCCAAUGCAGAUGGCGAAGGUGGCGAAGACAAAGAUAGAGAUGUAUGGAGACCAGAUGGUAAAGGAAGGAGAGGUUUGGAAGAAGACUAUGACUAUGUCAUGUAUGGGAAGGUCUAUAAGUUUGAUACUGGAUCUUCCGACAUUGUCACGGCCUACGCGUCAUUUGGCGGACUUUUGUUAUCAAUCACAGGCUCAUAUCGUCACUUGACCAAUGUCGUUCUCGGCGAUCCUGUGUACGUACUGCUCAGAAAAUGA